UCGAUUUUUUUCUUUUUUUUGUUUUUUUCUCAGCCCUAUUGGCAAGGCGGGAAGACUAUUUGGUACUAUUACACUACAACUGCCCCGUCGACCGUGGCCAUUGGCUCGAUUGCCGUCGUGUACCCUUUUGUUUUCUGAUUUUCUCUCAUUCGCCGUCGUUUUCACUUCAUCCUUUCAUAUCGCGGAAACAGCCAAUCCUCAUUGUCCAGACGAAGAGGAAAUGUUGGCGAUUAUUAGACAAACAGUCAGCAAUGGAGCUUCGAGAAAUCGUCCUGCAUUUUACGCAUCUAGAAGUUACUCCGCCGCCGUGAAAGAGAUGACAGUCCGAGAAGCUCUCAAUUCUGCACUUGAUGAAGAAAUGUCUGCAGAUCCCAAGGUUUUUUUAAUAGGUGAAGAGGUUGGUGAAUAUCAGGGUGCUUACAAGAUUUCCAAGGGCCUGUUGGAGAAGUAUGGCCUUGAGAGAGUUCGUGAUACCCCAAUCACAGAGGCUGGUUUUGCUGGGAUUGGAGUUGGUGCCGCUUACUAUGGCCUUAGACCUGUUGUCGAAUUUAUGACCUUUAACUUCUCUAUGCAGGCAAUUGACCAUAUCAUCAAUUCUGCUGCAAAAUCGAAUUAUAUGUCUGCUGGUCAACUCUCUGUACCAAUUGUUUUUAGGGGACCAAAUGGUGCUGCUGCUGGAGUUGGUGCUCAACAUUCCCAGUGUUAUGCUUCAUGGUAUGGAAGCUGCCCUGGUUUGAAGGUGCUUGUUCCAUAUUCAUCAGAAGAUGCCCGGGGUCUGCUAAAAGCUGCUAUAAGGGACCCUGAUCCUGUUGUUUUCCUUGAAAAUGAGUUGCUAUAUGGUGAGUCUUUUCCUGUUUCAGAAGAAGCUCUUGAUUCUGAAUUCUGCCUUCCAAUAGGAAAAGCUAAGAUAGAACGAGAAGGAAAGGAUGUAACCAUUAUUGCCUUCUCCAAGAUGGUUGGUUAUGCUCUCAAGGCUGCCGAUAUGCUUGCCAAGGAAGCAAUAAGUGUUGAGGUUAUAAAUUUGCGCUCAAUUCGUCCCCUUGAUAGAGCAACAAUCAAUGCUUCUGUGAGGAAAACUAACAGACUAGUAACUGUGGAAGAAGGGUUUCCUCAAAAUGGUGUUGGUGCUGAGAUCUGUGCAUCUGUUGUUGAGGAGAGUUUCGGGUUUCUAGAUGCACCUGUUGAGAGAAUAGCUGCUGCUGAUGUUCCCAUGCCUUAUGCUGCUAAUCUUGAGAGGAUGGCUGUUCCACAGGUUGAGGAUAUGGUUCGUGCUGCGAAGAGAACUUGCUACAGAUCAGUUUGAAUAGCAGCAACUUGAUUUGGGAAUUUAACAGUCUUCUUUAUAAACCGCUGUGAGUCUAGGUUUAUUAGACCCUUAAAAACAUUUUCUUUGAAGAAAAAUUUGGGUAAUUCUGGUUGCUGGGUUAGCAAAUUCGUUUUAACGAGUGAGCUGAGCAGCAAUUCAGGAAAAUAAAACAAUGUAACCACGGUUCUUAACAACAAAUUCAGGAGAGAAUAACUGUAACUCGAGGGAACAAAACAAUAUUGCUGAAUCCUGAAAAAACUUCUAAUUGGUGUUCCUGUUCUUUACAUCAGAAGCGUGGCAUUU